UUCACCAUUCCUCGCGCAGCCCCGCGCGUUCCUUUCCAUCCGCGUGCCCGUGGGUUACACUGUGUCUGCGCUGAGGGGUUCCAACGGGGAAGCGAAAUGCCGUCAAAAGUCAUCUUUGAAACCGAAGAUCAAGUCAUGGACGAAGUUGUGGACACAAAAACCCUGAAGAACAAGAUCAAGGAGGGCAAGAAGCUGAAAAAGAAGAAGCAGUUGGAGGACCAGGAAGAGCAGGAGGAUCCAGACUGUGAACCUCCAACACCAAAGAAGAAAAAGAAAAAAGACAAGCUGGAAGCGGACCAAGUGAAUAACCACGUAGACGAGGCCACAGACAUAAAUGGCAACAGUAAUGGCAUCGAAACACCGAAGAAGAAGAAGAAGAACACUGAGGGAGACUCAGAGAGAAAAAAAAAGAAGCAAAAGAAAGCAGUAGCAGAGGAAGCAAUCAACGGACAUUCCACCCCAAACACCCCUGUUCAGACACCCAUCCAGACACCAGCCCAAUCAAGUGAAGACUCGGCAAGCGACAGUGAAAAAGAAACGGAGGAGACACCAGAGCAGAAGGAAGGAGCCUUCUCCAACUUCAGGAUCUCUCAAGUCACCAUUGAUAAACUAAAAGCUCGGGGAGUCUCUUACCUGUUUGACAUUCAGGUGAAGACAUUUAAUCCUGUAUAUGAUGGAGAGGACGUAAUUGCCCAAGCCCGAACAGGAACAGGAAAGACUUUCUCCUUUGCCAUCCCCUUGGUGGAGAAGCUCCAGAAGGAUUCAGUGCAGCUCUCCAGAGGCCGGGCUCCCAAGGUCCUGGUGUUAACUCCAACCAGAGAGUUAGCUAUCCAGGUCGCUAAGGACUUCAAAGACAUUAUCAAGAAACUCGCUAUCUCCUGUUUCUAUGGAGGCAGCUCAUACAACCCACAGCUUGAUGCUAUCCGUAACGGUAUCGAUAUUUUGGUUGGUACCCCUGGUCGUAUCAAAGACCACAUCCAGAACAAUAAACUCGACCUGUCUAAAUUGAAACACGUUGUCCUCGAUGAAGUAGACCAGAUGUUGGACAUGGGAUUUGCAGAACAAGUUGAAGAGAUUUUGGCUUCAUCAUAUGGGAAAGACUCCGACCCAAACCCGCAGACGCUUCUGUUUUCGGCCACUUGCCCCCCCUGGGUGUACGAAGUGGCCAAGAAAUACAUGAAACCAGAGUGCAAACAUGUUGACCUUAUUGGCAAGAAAACCCAGAAAGCUGCAACAACUGUGGAACAUCUGGCCAUAGCGUGCCACUGGUCACAGCGUACAGCCGUGCUGGGCGAUGUGAUCCAGGUUUACAGCGGCAGCCACGGCAGAACCAUCGUGUUCUGUGAGACAAAGAAAGAUGCCAACGAACUUUCCAUGAAUACGACCAUCAAACAGAGUGCCCAGUCCCUCCAUGGUGAUAUUCCUCAGAAACAGAGAGAGAUUACUCUGAAGGGAUUCAGGAAUGGGGCUUUUGAGGUUCUAGUUGCCACCAAUGUUGCAGCCCGUGGAUUAGACAUCCCUGAAGUCGACCUGGUGGUCCAGUGUUCUCCACCCAAGGAUGUGGAGUCAUACAUCCACCGUUCGGGACGUACGGGCCGAGCAGGCAGGACUGGAGUCUGCAUCUGUUUCUACCAGAGAAAAGAAGAGGACCAGCUGCGCUACGUAGAAAACAAAGCAGGCAUCACAUUCAGACGAGUUGGCGUUCCCACCGCCAAUGAUAUCAUCAAGUCUUCAAGCAAGGAUGUUGUCAGGUUUCUGGACUCUGUUCCAGUCACAGCUAUCGGAUACUUCAGAGCAUCAGCCGAGAAACUGAUUGAGGAACGAGGAGCAGUUGAUGCACUGGCUGCCGCCCUAGCCCAUAUUUCUGGAGCCACAAGUCUAGAGCAGAGGUCACUGCUCAACUCUGAUGCUGGUUACACCACUAUGCAGAUGGUGUGUUCUCAGGAGAUGCAUAAUCUGGGUUAUGCCUGGAAAACCAUCAAAGAACAGCUUGGAGAACAGUUUGAGAACCACAUUCACAGAAUGACCUUUCUUAAAGGCAAAACAGGAGUUUGUUUUGAUGUCCCAGCUGACAAAGUCAAAGAAGUUCAGGAGAACUGGAAGGAUGGUCGCCGUUGGCAACUGACUGUAGCCACAGAGCUCCCAGAGCUGGAAGAAAAGCAAUUCAAUAACCGUGGAGACCGAGGCUUUGGCAACGGUAACCGUGGUGACAGGGGAGGUGGUUUCAGAGGUGGUAGAGGGAGAAAUUUCGGGGGAAACGGUGGCCGUAGUAACGGCUUCCGGAGCGGAGGCGGCUAUGGCAACAACAGAGGGGGCAACAGAGGAGGACAGAAACGCAGCUUCAGCCAAGCUUUUGAUUAUUGAAGUGCCAACCUGCGGACUGAUAUGACGGACUGUCACUCAUCUCGGCUGGCAGUGAUUUAUUUUUUAUUGUCUGUCAGUGCGAUUGAUGUGUGGCUGUAAAAAUCAUCAUUAUGCAAGCUGAAUUGAAACCCUUCAAAUAUUCUAUAUACAGUACAUUAAAUUACAAUUUUCUUCCUUGUAAGAUUAAAGUGAACAUCACAUAUUAUCAGAGAAAUUAGAUUUAUUUCCAUUUCCUGUGGUUUUAAGAACUCAUGAAAUUAUGUGUUUGUAUAAGCUGAGUUACAUCAUUCAGCUGCUAUGUCUUCAAAGGCAUAGAAAAAACCUCAACCUGUAAUAAAAGUUUAACAUCAUGUGAUGACAUAACAUGAACGUUUGAACGUGUCCUAGGUUACUCUUUUUAUACUGGGUGUUUGGGGAACAGUGACAGCAAUCAGCUCUGGACGUUUGUCCACAAUUGAAGGCAGAGCAUUCUAACCAUGCUACUUGAUAUGGCGACUUUGUAGCACUGUUAUGAUGUAUUGUACCUCAGACACUGUCAUGUGGGAGGCAUUGUUCCUGCUCUGCACCCACAGAGAACAGUGAUGAAAUGGGGCUUAGCCUUUACAGUUGUACUCAGUGUUGGUUUGCUGCCUUAACCUCAGCUGAAACUGCUCUCCCCAAAUAUAUUUUGGAUGAUUGCUUUGCAAUUGCCUCUAUUUAAUAACUGUGUCUACUGCUUCCAUUCAUUUGAAUGAAAUGACUUAUUCAUUAAAAAAAGGUCAACUCAG